CCAGACUAAAGGCGGCGGUGUGUAAGGAGUGGGGAGCUUUUGUGCAGCUGGCAGGAUGGAGUGGCUGGCACAGAGAGUUGGGGCAGGGCAGGAGGGAGCCGACAGGUUCAUGGGGAGUGGACAGGGUGGACAAAGCCAGGCAGCACACGUCAGUGGAUGAGGUCCAGCACUGAGGGAUUAAGAAUUGUUGGAUGGUUUGUUUGUAGAAAUAGAAAGUAUUCUCAUAUGCUUCUGUUUUAUUCCUUUAAAUGUGUUAAUGAUAUUGUUUCGAUAUGUGCACUUGUAUCAGUAUGUCACUUUUCACAAAGCGUAUCUUGGUGUUUUUACACAGUCAGAGGUUACCAUUCAAAAAUGUUAUUUUUAAGUAAUAUUGACAAAUAUCCAUUGACAUAAUUGAUAGUUUGGUAUUAGAGAGACAAGUACAAUAUUAAGUCAUGAUGAUAAUAUAGAGUUGUAAAUUAUAAAACUAAUAAUAUAAGUGUUUAAUAUAGACUUUUUCCCUGCAGGAUUAGCAAUGGCAAGGCUGCUGUCAUUGGUAGGAUGCAGAGGUACAUCAUUUCCUGUCUGUGCCUUAGACUCUACUGUUCUGUUGGCACUUCGACAAAGCUGGCUCCCAUUCCUGAGGGUUGGCAGUAUUAAUGGGGUCUAUAUUAAACAGUAUGGAGUCAGCAGCUCUUUGAGAGGGAAGAAAUCUCAACAUAAGUACUUUCCAUGCAAUCAGCUGUACCAGAUAUCACUGUUGAGUACAGAUUCACAGCAACAGCAACUCGGACGAGGAAGUGCAGCCGACACAUCCAUUCACUUGCCGGCCGACAAAACACAAGCUUCCAGUACCUCAUUAAAGAAGAUAAAACCCACUGAAUAUAAUAGAUUGUUUGCUUUAGCUGCUCCGGAAAAAUGGACUCUUGCCAGUGCUAUUGGUCUCCUUGCAAUCUCGAGUACAAUAACAAUGUCCGUGCCCUUUGCGUUGGGCCAUGUCAUCGACAUCAUCUACACAGCCGACCCAACAGCCAUGAAACAAAAUCUGGACCGGGUCUGCCUUGCCCUGACCGGGAUCUUCCUGCUGGGUGCAUCAGCCAACUUUGGCCGCGUCUACCUCAUGAACAUAGCAGGCCAGCGCAUAACCCGGUCAUUGCGCUCUCUAGUAUUUGCCUCAGUGAUGAAGCAAGAAAUUGGCUUCUUCGACACCAACAAGACUGGGGAGCUGAUUAACCGCCUCUCAGCUGACACGUCCCUUGUUUCACAGUCAGUCACCAUGAACAUCUCUGAUGGUUUGCGGUCAGUUGUCAUGGCGUUGGCGGGGGUGGGCAUGAUGUUUUACAUGUCUACCAAACUAGCCUUUGUUGGUCUGAGUAUUGUACCACCUGUAGCUCUCAUGGCAAUAGCAUAUGGUCGCUAUGUUCGCAAAAUUACUAAGAAUGUCCAGGACACACUAGCUCAGGCAACUCAAGUGGCUGAAGAAAGAAUUGGCAAUGUCCGCACAGUCAGGUCCUUCGCACAAGAACUCAAGGAAAUCCAAACCUAUGACUCAAAGAUUGAUCAUGUCCUCAGGCUCACAUACAAGGAGUCCCUGGCAAAAGGAAUAUUUUUUGGAAUGACAGGGCUGAGUGGCAACAUUAUCAUCCUAUCAGUCCUCUACUAUGGAGGAGGUCUCGUGACUGAGUCUGCCCUUAGUGUUGGGCAGCUGUCUUCCUUCCUCCUGUAUGCAGCUUAUGUGGGCAUUGCACUAGGGGGGAUUUCUACCUUCUACUCAGAGAUGAACCGUGGCAUAGGGGCAUCAACCAGGCUCUUCUCCCUGAUGGACCGUGAACCAGCCAUUCCAACACAGGGAGGUUUAACACUCCCUGUGAAUGAGGUGAAAGGAGAAAUCCGAUUUAGCAAUGUAAAUUUUGCUUAUCCAUCAAGACCUGAUGUUACACUAUUUAAAGACCUUGACUUUUUCGUGCCUGCAGGCUCAGUGGUGGCUGUCGUUGGUGCAAGUGGCUCGGGAAAGAGCACCAUUGGCUCUCUCCUCCUGCGACUCUAUGACCCAAUUGCUGGAGAGGUCACAGUGGAUGGUGUGCCCAUCACUCAGUUGGAUCCAGCUUGGCUGCGAGCUCUCAUAGGCUCCGUUAGUCAGGAACCCGUCCUCUUUUCUACUAGCAUCCGUGAAAACCUCCUCUAUGGAGCCCAGGAUCCUAACAGCAUCACAGAGGAACAGCUGGUGAGUGCAGCACAGGAGGCCAACGCCCUGAACUUCAUUCAUUCUUUCCCCGAGGGCUUUGACACCCUAGUGGGGGAGAGAGGAGUCAUGCUCUCCGGCGGACAGAAGCAGAGGAUUGCCAUUGCCAGAGCUCUCAUCAGCAAUCCUCGCAUCUUGUUGCUGGACGAAGCUACAAGUGCACUUGAUGCUGAAAGUGAAAGCUUAGUCCAGGAAGCUCUAGAGAGGCUCAUGAAAGGACGAACAGUGAUCACCAUCGCACACAGGCUUUCAACUAUUAGGAAUGCAGACCAAAUUGCUGUUCUCCAAGACGGAACCAUUGCAGAGCUCGGUUCCUAUAAAGACUUAAUGGCACAAUCCAAUGGCAUCUUCCGCAAGCUGGUAGAGAGGCAGACCAUCACAAGCUAGGGAAAAACACUAGUGUAAACACUGAGUAGUAAAUAUGAGCAAGUAUUGUUGUACUAUAUUGUACCUGCAAGAGUCUUUUAUUUCGGCUAUUAGCAUUGUUGCUGGAUAGGUAGCAGUUCUGAGACUGGUUUGAUCUCCUUUGUGGCAAUAAAUAUCUAAAGUAUCAUUUUCAAUAAACAGUGCCCUGUUUAUUGUACAAUUACCUCUCAAGCCAUUUGUAAAUCUAAUUAAUAAUCUAUUUAUUUAAUAAAUCACAAAACUUUACCUCCUCUCAUAUAUUUAGUUGCCUUGCAAAUGUGCAAAUGCAAUCUAUAUACAUCUUUUGUUUCUGUAUUUUUUUUGCAGGCCUUAUCCAGAAUUGUAGAAUGAAAAGUUUUUUUUUUUUUUACUGAAAAUUAGAAUUUGUAAUUUGAUUCAGCUCUGAGGCAUUUAUUAGAGUUGAAAAAAAACAUGAGAAUUCAGUGAUGAUAGCAAAUUUGACCUGAAAUAUAAAUAACCAGGUCAUGACUAUCAUAUAAAGUAAACAAGAAAGAUUGUGGCUGUCUACUUAAGACCAAAGUACUAUUGUAAAAUCUGCUAUGCACAAAGAAAAUUUUUAUAUUGAAUGAUAAAGAGAAAAUUGAAUAAUUUCUUGAUUCUUUAUCUUUAUAGUAGUCAUAGAUAUAUAAGUAUACCAAGUUUUAUUCAGUCUGAACCCAAAAACUGUGGAGGAAAAAGAAAUCUUAUGUCAGUCAGUUUCUCACCUGAUGGAGAAUAGGGACCUGGUUGUUGGGAAUGUAUUCGUUUAUCAUACUAAAUGAAAUUAAGUGAUGAUAAUGGUAAAAAGUAGAAUUAUUUCAGAACAAGUUUUUUAUUGUUAUAUGAACAAGUAUAAUCCUUUUUUUUCAUGUGUAUGGUAAUGUAUACUUUGCAUAAUAAUAAGAAUAUCAUGUUUGAAUGUGUGUGUGUGUGUUUGGAUACACGUGAAUGUGUUUGUUGAUGUGUGUCUGAAUUCACAGUUCAUUUGUCAAUAUAUCCAUAUGCAUGUAUAUAUCAUUGUUAUUAAUGUAUUUAUGUGGGCAUUUGCCCAUAUGUUAUAUACUUUUAAUUGUCCAUUAUAUCAAUUUUGAACAAUAAGAAGGAAGCUACUUUUUUUUGUUAAAAUUACAAGUGCAAUACAAAUUCUGAACUAUUUAUUAACUGUUGACCAACUAUUCUGGGGGGGUGUCGUAAUUUUGGCUUCCAUGUUUUCUUUCUUUGUGUGUUUAUUUUAUUUCUCAGUUAUCUUCUUAUGAAGUUUAAAGACCUAUUUAUGGGGGUUAGAAGUUGUUUUGUGAGAUGGCUUCUGUAAUUUUAUUCAUAAUCUGUUUAUUUUCAUAUGUAAUAGUAUAUAACAUAAAAUGAGGUUUAUCAAUAUCACUUUUACUUUCUUUUUUUAAUAUUAUACUUGUAAAUAUCUCAUGCACAUGAAAAUGAUGAAACAGAUGUGAUUAAAUGAAGAAGUGUUAUAAGUAUUAGAAAAACUGAGCCGGUGGGAAAUGAAAUGUAAUGAAAAAUAACCAUAUUAAGAGAAUUAAAUGAUACUUAGCCUUUUUUCCUUUUUUUUCUGUUUUCCUUUCUGUUUUAAUGAUAUUUUAUUUGACUUGCUUCACAUUACAGAAAAGGUUUAUCUACCUUCCACUUUUUAUGGAUCGACCACAAGUAUCUUUUGUCAAUAAUUUGAGGCAGCUUUGUGAGUAAUGAAUACAGCAAGUCGAUUCAUUGUAUUGUUUUAUAGUAUAAAUCUACACAAUUUUUUUUUUUUCUUAUUUUUUCAAUAUAUUUUCUCAUUUAGGAUAAUUUUUUAUUGUUUGAAGAUAGUGUUGUUCUUUUCCCUUUAAAAAUCACCUGUGUUGUAGAAAUUGUAAUAAAGAAACAGUUAGGCUGAAGACAAUGCUUUUAGUUUCAACUUUUGGAAAGCCAGAACUUCCUCCAUAUCUUCCAUAAGCCAGUUUUAUUUAAAGGUCUUUGUACAAGGUGUAUUUAGUUUAGUUAAUUCUCCACCAGUGUUUACUAGCAAAACAGAAGGCUUAAUAGAACUUUGUUUUUGUAGUGGGUGAUGGGGAUAGAGCUAAAUGAAACACAAUUUGUCUUUCUCUACUUUUUGUUUGUUUAAUUUAUUUGUUUGUUAUUAUUUUGUGUUAAAUUUCUAGAUUACAUGAUAUUUAUUAUUCAUAUAGCAUGAUGCUCAUCAGGAGUUAUAAUGUAUAAACAUAUAUUGAAGAUGUAGAAUUGUUUAGAUUGUUUCAUCAAUGAUAUAUAUAUAUAUAUUUGGGAAAGUGAUGAUAAUAAAAAUAUUGAGUGAUAA